AGUCGAUUGAUGCGUGUGCGAUUGUGGCUGCAAACACCAGCCAGUUGCACCCGGUACUGCAGACGACGUGCGCAAAGCGAUCUCAUUGAUCGUACGCAGCACUACAGGAAGCGCCUUGCAAGCCCUUGCGCGGAUCUCGCCAAGACCAGAGGCACGAUCCAAGCAGCUCUCUGAAAGUGACAAAGCGACACGACCAUGGCGAAGGCGAUCCAGGCCUACCUCGUCCUCUACAACGCGUCGUGCCUCGUCGGCUGGGCCUACGCCUUGUACCAAGGACUCACGGUGCUGAGCGGUGACGUCUGGCCCUCAUUAGAAGGCGUCUGGGCCGUCGCCGGCCCCACGGUACUGAUCGUGCAGUCGGCGAUGACGCUGGAGAUCUUCCACGCCGGUUUAGGAUUUGUGCGUUCACCGGUCUUCGUGACGGCGAUGCAGGUCACGUCGCGGCUGUGGGUCAUGCUCUGCCCCGCUUUUGGUGAUGGCACUUCUUCGUGGACAGGGAUGAUGGUCAUCUCCUGGGCCGCAGUUGAAGUAAUAAGGUACUCCUUCUACCUCGCUGCUUUGUUGAUGAAGGUCAUCCCGUACCCGAUCUUCUACGCGCGGUACUCGGCCUUUGCGAUCCUAUAUCCUACUGGUAUUGCUGGAGAAUUAGGCACGGCCUACGUCGCCUUGCAACAACCUUCAUUAACAGCCUACCACGCCAUCAUCCGCUUCAUCAUGUACUUGUACGUGCCGGGCGGCCCUUUUAUGUAUAUGAACAUGGUCGGCAAUAGGAAGAACGCCUUCAAGAAGCGCUUCGCGCCGCCGCCCAAGCCCGAGCGCGGCUGCGCCUUCCCCCAGGACAAGAAGGGCACUAGAUCUACGACGGCGCCGAACCGCGCGGCCAUCGCCGCGGCUAUUGAGGGAUGUGGUCCUAGAGCUGCCAAAGCAGCGAAAGCUUGUGCGACCGAAAAAAGUUAUCGCUUCGGUUACGCUAGACAUGUGAAGGAGCUCGUCAGGCAGGGCGCUUAUUCUCCCCAAGCAGCUAUAGGAUCGGCCCAAAAAGGUCUCGACUACAUGUAUGCGAACUUCGAGUUCGUCGAUAAAGAUGGUGUUUUCACACCGUUUGGUGAUGCCAUGAACGGUACGUCCACGGUCACUGGUAGAAGCUUGAAGUCGGUCAAGGUCCAAGGUAACGGUAAAUCUUCUUCUUCGUAUGAAGUACCUUAUGACGGCGGCUGGCACCCGUCGGCGCCGAAGCCGCCUACGUCUUCAUUGAAAGGCGCGGCACUCACGAAGCAGCUCGACAAGUGGGCCUCGACGGGCAUCAUCGAGCGCGACGCCGCCGACGCCGUGCAGUGGACGGCCGAUUACGUGCAGAAAGAGUCCCUGGCCGACGCUCAUUUUGUGCUCAUUGGAGCUGGUUCGGCGAUGGGCCCCUGCGCCAAGCUACUCGAGUUGGGGGCCAACGUGGUUGCGAUUGACAUUCCUGGCUCCUGGGGCAAAGGGGGCAAGCGCCCGGCGUCUGGUUUGUGGAAGCGGCUGUUCGCGCUGGCCGACAAAGGUGGCGGCUCAUUAACGGUCCCCGUCGACGCUAGUUCAAGGGCCACAGCCAGAGAUAGGGACGCCCUAGCGGAGGUCGCGGGCUGCGACCUCAUGAUGGAGCCGCGCGAGAUUGGUGAUUGGUUAAAAGACUGGGUGCAAACGUUGCCGAAGAAGGCGCGCGUUUGUAUUGGCAAUUACACGUACUUGGAUGGGGCUCUACACGUGAAGCUCGCGUUAUGUGCCGACUACCUCAUCCAGACGGUGCUCGAUGCUUCCUCCCGCUUAGACAAGCCGGCCGCUUGUGCUUUCUUGUGCACCCCUACGGACGCCCACUUAGUUCCGGAAGAAGUGGCUCAAGCGGCUUCCGACAGCUUCGAUUCUAGAUUGUUGAAAUCUUUCGGAUUGGAGAAGCUCUUCAACUUAUUAACGAUGGGAAGCAAGCUAAGACCCAACGUGGAAAAACCCGUCGAGACGGAGAAUGGAGAGUGUCACAUGGUCGACGGCUUAUCCGUAGCCCAGGGCCCGAACUAUGCGUUAGCGAAGCGCAUGCAGCACUGGCGCGCGGUAAGCGCGUAUGAAAGCGGACACGUCGCGUCGACGAUGGUCGCGCCGUCGACGGCCACGAUCUCCGUCAUCCACAACAAGACGUUUGCGUGGGCCUACGGCGGCAUGCCUUCGUUCGGCUUCGAGAUCUUCAAGCAGGAGACGACGAACGCCGUGAUGAGCGCGGUGCUCGUCCACGACGUCAUGAACGGCAAGGGCCCGAAGAAUCCGACGAAUCGUCGCAAGUUCGGCGUCGACAACGCCCUGAAGCUGUUCUCUUCCGAAAGCGUGCACGGCGGGCUGUGGCGGGCGCCGUACACGGUCGACUCGCUGGGCGAGGCGUCCGCUUUGAUCUACUUCGCGGGCGUGGCCAAGCCCGCUAUUUUAGCUACGGCCUUCACGGCCGUGGCCGUGCGGUUCCUCUUCUAGACGCGUAGGUCGCCCGCCGGGGUAAGCCGUUCUCGUCCA